GGAGACUGAAAUAAGAAACAGAAACUUAACAAGGAAAUGAAAGUGAUUAUUUGCCAUAGACUGUAAGGCAGGGCAGAGUGCCAAAAAGAAGGAAUAAUAUUCUUGUUUUCCAAAUUCUUUCAUAUAUCUCUAGAAAUAUAGUAAGAUAGAUGAGGGUGGCCCUGGGGGAGCUGCAUGGUCAUGGCAUUUCAUGUUUUGGGGUUGAGGGUUUGUUGCUUGGGUGUCUUUUUGUUUGUUUCCAGACAGCACUGGAACAAAUGCUUUUCACGAAGUGUCCUCUGGGCCAGCUCCUUUGUUCGUCGCACCAGAGCAAGGCAUUGCCUUGGGCUCUGUGCAGGUCUUAUCUAGUUUCUUAUUCCUCAGUGUGUUUGGCGAUAUUAACUAGAGAUUUCAAUCCACAGUGAGAUGAAAGCUAUGGAUGGGUUAACAAUGAAUGAUAAAUAUUCAUAUAUCUUGUACCUCUUAUACCUUUGAGAAAGCUGUUUCCCAGUGGAUGGAGGUGGGUGCAGUUUCUGAGAGUUCUUUGUUAAGCCCCCGUGCGUGUGGCUCUUCUGUCUUUGGGAGCGUGAGGAGCGCUGUAGUGCUUCAGCCCCUGGGUGCACCCCUGGAGACUCCACAUCCUAUUUCUUUUACGGUUGAUCUAGGACCAGUUACAGAAGUGGAUCCGUGGCAAUGUGAGUGCAUGUGCCAGCUCGCUUUUCAUAUUUGACGAGAUGGAUAAGUUGCACCCUGGGGUCAUCGACGCAAUCAAACCAUUUCUCGACUACUACGAGCAGGUUGAUGGGGUGUCUUACCGCAAGGCCAUCUUCAUCUUUCUCAGCAACGCGGGUGGGGACCUCAUAACUAAGACGGCUCUCGACUUUUGGCGGGCAGGAAGAAAGAGGGAAGACAUUCAGCUGAAGGACCUGGAACCUGUGCUGUCUGUCGGAGUCUUCAAUAAUAAACACAGUGGCCUGUGGCACAGUGGACUGAUUGAUAGAAACCUCAUCGAUUACUUUAUCCCCUUCCUGCCCCUGGAGUACAGACAUGUGAAAAUGUGUGUGAGGGCAGAAAUGAGGGCCCGCGGCUCUGCUGUAGAUGAAGACAUUGUCACAAAGGUGACAGAGGAAAUGACCUUUUUCCCCAAAGAUGAGAAAAUCUACUCAGACAAGGGCUGCAAGACUGUGCAGUCGCGGCUAGAUUUCCACUGAGCUCUUGUCCAGAUGGGGUAAGGGCAGCUGGGAAGGUCAGCACACCAGGGCCUUGACUUUCGGAAGCAAUUUGAAGACCUCUUUGGGGUUUUGCAUAUUUGCACCUGUGGACUUUCAGGAUAUUGACGAUUCUAAGACUUGCCUUUUGAAAAGAUGCUCAUCUGUCAAGUGCACUUUCAUUUUGCAGCACGACAGCAGUCCAACUGUUAAUUGCAGUUGAAGAUGAACUUGUAAAAACUCAUUUACACUUACCGAUACUGCCUGGACAAAAGUGCCUGAAAACAGCUGUGUGUGGGAGGCCUGAGGAUUGUUUCUGACCCAUAGUAUUCAUACCUCAGGAGCUGCUGUUACGACUCCGGGCUCAAGGGGCCACUGCAGUCUGGGAGCAUUAGGCUUUCACCUGCCAAAAACAUCUUCUACUCUGUUUCUUUUUCUUGCACAGAGAGCAUUCACUGACUUGAAGUAUUUUCAGUUAAAAUCCGGGGCGCCUGCAGGUGUGGACAGUAUCCCGGGGGAGGACGUGGCCCUGCACAUUGAGCACUCUUGACCUGGGGUGAGCUGUCUGCAUGUGGGAUGGAAUCUCCAUCCGAGGCCUCAGCGGCAGCCUGGGACAGAUGGGACCUUUCCCUUUGUCCAUUUGCUCUGGCUACUGGUCAUAGCCCUGGCCGUGGACUUCCCUCGCCCAUCCCUCACUGGGUAUCCGUGCCAGCCUUCUUCACACC